GAACCUUACUUUUUAUUCAAAAUAAGCAAACAAAAAUAAAAACACAAACUGAUUUGUAGAGCUGUUCAUUGAUAUCAGCUUACAUCACUGAGAAGAUAAUUUUGAAGACAUGUUUUGUUGAAAAGACAACUGAGAAAGAUUUUACGAAUGGGAUGAACACGCUCCAGUUGAUUGACUACCUACUGCAAUUUGAAUGUUAACGUUACCCGCCUGGUACAGUUACCUAGUGAUGUACCUAUUCUCACAAUACCCUAUUUCAGCGUGCUUGUCUUGAUUAAAGAAUUCAAAGUGGAGUACCGAAAACUUGAUAUGGAUAAUAAAAAGAAAGACAAGGACAAAUCAGAUGAUAGAAUGGCACGACCUAGUGGCCGAUCAGGGCACAACACUCGAGGAACUGGGUCUUCAUCAUCUGGAGUUUUAAUGGUUGGACCUAACUUUAGAGUUGGAAAAAAAAUUGGAUGUGGCAAUUUUGGAGAAUUACGAUUAGGGAAAAAUUUAUACACGAAUGAAUAUGUGGCAAUUAAGCUGGAGCCUAUGAAAUCCAGAGCACCACAGCUACAUUUGGAAUACAGAUUCUACAAGCAGUUAGGAUCUGGAGAUGGUAUACCUCAAGUUUACUAUUUUGGCCCUUGUGGUAAAUACAAUGCUAUGGUGCUGGAACUGCUGGGACCUAGUUUGGAAGACUUGUUUGACUUGUGUGACAGAACUUUUUCUCUUAAAACAGUUCUCAUGAUAGCUAUACAACUGAUUUCUCGAAUGGAAUAUGUUCAUUCAAAGAACUUGAUAUACAGAGAUGUAAAACCUGAGAACUUCUUAAUAGGACGACCAGGAAACAAAACCCAGCAAGUUAUUCAUAUAAUAGAUUUUGGUUUGGCAAAGGAAUACAUUGAUCCAGAGACAAAGAAACAUAUACCCUACAGAGAACACAAGAGCCUUACAGGAACAGCUAGAUAUAUGAGCAUAAACACACAUUUAGGAAAAGAACAAAGUAGAAGAGAUGAUUUAGAAGCUUUAGGUCAUAUGUUCAUGUAUUUUCUGAGAGGCAGUCUUCCUUGGCAAGGCUUAAAGGCUGACACAUUAAAAGAGAGAUAUCAGAAAAUUGGAGAUACAAAACGAGCUACACCAAUAGAAGUGUUAUGUGAAAAUUUUCCAGAAGAAAUGGCAACAUAUCUUCGUUAUGUAAGAAGGUUAGAUUUUUUUGAAAAGCCAGAUUAUGACUACCUAAGAAAGCUUUUUACUGACUUAUUUGAUCGAAAAGGAUAUAUGUUUGAUUAUGAAUAUGACUGGAUUGGUAAACAGUUGCCUACUCCAGUGGGAGCAGUUCAGCAAGAUCCUGCUCUAUCAUCAAACAGAGAAGCACAUCAACACAGAGAUAAGAUGCAACAAUCCAAAAAUCAGUCGGCAGACCACAGGGCAGCUUGGGACUCCCAGCAGGCAAAUCCCCACCAUUUGAGAGCUCACCUUGCAGCAGACAGACAUGGUGGCUCGGUACAGGUUGUAAGUUCCACAAAUGGAGAGUUAAACACAGAUGACCCUACUGCAGGACGUUCAAAUGCACCCAUCACAGCCCCUACAGAAGUAGAAGUGAUGGAUGAAACCAACUGCCAGAAAGUGUUGAACAUGUGGUGCUGCUGUUUUUUCAAACGAAGGAAAAGGAAAACUAUACAACGCCACAAAUGACUCUGGACACAGACAGAUCAUGGGGAGUUACUUACAUGUACAUCUGCUGUCUUGUGAUUAAAAUCAUCUCUGUAGUGACCACAUAUAUUUUCAAGGACUCACUCUUAGAAACAAAUAUGUCAUACUUUCAUACUUCGUUUUGUGAUUGUCUUACAUUCAUAUUUUUUUCUAAUUUAACUUUUAUGGAAGCUUUAAAGUUUUGUCAAAACAUGAGUGCUUUGCCCAUCAAUGUAUAGAAUGGACCAAUGAGGUGGUUUUGAUGAAUACAGUUCUAUAGGACAUUUUUCAGAAGCUCCUCUCCUGUUGUAGAAAACAGAGCAGUAUCUUAAGUGUCAGCCAGUUAAAUAUACCUAAUUUGAUUUUUUUUAUAUCUUCUGUAAGAGGAUAAUCACCAGGAAUUUUCUUCCCAGUGGAUAAUGCAACAGAGAAAACAGUUGCCCAAAUGUUUUUAAAAAAGUUAUUCCUUGAGAAGUUCAUAUUUUGUGACAUCUGCAUUGAUUUCAGUAUUACUGAUGGUACUGUUAUUCAUGGAUCAUAUUAACAUUCUCUCUGUGAAAUCAUGGUACAGUCACUGCCCAGAGGUACUGAGAAAAAAGCUCUAUGAGUUCAGCAGAUGGUUUGGUAAAAUGAAUCACAAUAAGUGCGGGAAAUAUGAGCUCUGCUUUUGUUGCACCGCUAUGUGAAGUACAGUGUUGUAGGAGUGGCAAAAGCGCUUAUUUUUUAAAAAUGCAAAAUAUUUGUAAAAUGUAACUUUAUGCUUCCAGAUAAUAAUGUAUGUUAGAUAGCAAGAAAUGAAUGCUUUGAGAAGUGACAUGUUGGAAUUUUCUUUCUUUUUUUUUUUUCUUAAAUACACUAAGGAAAAGAAAUAAAUGUGAACCUCUUUGCAAUGUAUAAGGUUGAACCUAAGGAGAUCCCACUGAAACCUACUGCUGAAUGACUGACUGCAUUCUCCCUCAAGCAGAAAACUUUGGAUGUGCCAUGCAAUGGUGUCUUGUUUAUUAUUUUUGCUCUUUGAUAAAAAAAAAAAGACCCCCCAGCAAUAAAAACUGGGUCACUCUUUUUCCCUCUGUGCACAUUAGUCUCUUGUAUUCAACUUUGCUAGUUCUUGGAAUUUUCCUACCCUUUAGUAUAAUUUUGAUGAUUGAAAAAUAUUUUGAAAGGAUGGGUCAGGUACUUUGCCUCCAUAGUCUUUUGAAGUGCCUGCAUAUGAACAAAGUAACAAUUCUGUAAAAAAGGAAACCCAUUCCACUUUUCAAGUAUGCUUUGUUUUAAGCCAUAAGGACACAGCUGUACUUUUGUCAUGGUGUAGUAGCCCAAGUUUUCAAGAAGGUUUAAAACAAAGACUGGCUAGAAAUUGAUCAAAUCUCAUAUUCACCUCUCAUUUAUAAAAUUGUUACUUUCCAUGCAGUCUCUUCUUUGUCUUUAAGUGUGUGCCUCCAGGCAUGCUUAUUUAUUUUUAUUAUCUCAAGGUAACAUUUAAAAUGUGUAUUAAAGUAAAUAAAUCCACAUUUUUUUACUUCAUUAUUACAUUUACAGAGAUUUAAUUGUACUUUAUAAUUUAUUUUUCUUAUUAGCCAAAAUUUCAGUGCAGUGUUUGGUGAUUAGGCACCCAUAUGAACACCACAAAUCAGGACAUUAUUUAUCACUAUUACUCUAAAAUCUCUGAAUGAUCUUUUCUUGAUUUUAAAGACCUACUUUCACACUAGAAAACAUUUGCUGUAUAAUUUGGUCAACAGUUUCCAUUUCUGUUUCUUUGUUUACUGUCAUGAUGUCUUAAACUACAGGAGUCACUGAGUUUUUAUUUUUGUUUGCUUUAAGUAAGGUAGAUGGACGUUUUGGCCAUUAUAAUGUGAAACCACUUCUUUCUUUACAGUAUUUGACCAAAUUUGUGUGUCUGUGAUAUUUGUAAAUACAUGUGAUACCUAUAUUUCUUAUCAUAAGCCUAUUUAGUUUUAUUCUCAGUAGGGUUUUUUGGACUGUACAGUGUUUAUAUGAUCUGAACUCCUUAUACAUAAGAAGGUGUGUAUAAUAAUCCAAUUAUGGACUUAAAUAUUUUAAAAGUAUAAAUACCCUUAUUUGCUGCAAAGACCAGUGUGUUAGACAUUUGCUUUUUAGCAAUAUUUUUAAGUGCUCCAUUUUAAUGCCAAGGAAUAAGUCUUUUGGCAACACAAACUGGUCAAUAAUAGGUAAUGCAGGUAUGUUCAGGUGAAGCCAACGAUGUUUUGCAUUUUUAUGCUUCUUUUCUGUCAACACUAAUGAAGUCAACAUUGCCUGAAUGUCUGAAUAAUGAAACACAUCCCUGUUUAAAAGUAUGUAACUGAAAAAGAAAUAAAAAAAUAAAGGUAGUUUUUUUAAACUUGCUCUUUCCCCUUUCCUCUAAUCACAGGUAAAAUAAUCCCAUUCAUUAAGAGAAAUUUAAAAAAUUCAAUUGAUUGAGCCUAUUACAUGUAUGAAGCAAAAUUAGUUAGAGGAAUAUGGUUUUGUUAUUUUUUUUUUAAUUUUGUUAUUUUGAUUUUGUUUUUGCUUCCUUUUGUUGGAAUGCAAUUGUAAGAAGCAUAUACCAGGAAGAAUCUAAGCUUUGUUUUUAAUUUUUUAAAAAAAUUCUCUGAACUACUUAAUAGAGUGCUUAGUUACAGCUGUCUUCUAAAAAACAAAAGGAAAUAAACAGAAUAAUUUUAUUCGUUUUAGAGAAUAAAAUCAUACUGUUAUGUUCACAGAAAUUCAGUAUAACUAAUCCAGUUUUAAGUGAAUGACUUUAAAAAUCCUUACAGAUGAUGGCAAGCACAUAUUCCUGUCAAUAACUCAGUUUAUCAUGAUGCUAGGUGCUUUAAAGAUUUUUGACCAAAAAGGUAUUGAUGGUGCUGUAUUUAAUAAAAAUUGCUACAGAUAAGAUGUGACAAAGCAGCACACACUCAGCCCGUGAGUAGUGUGUCUGCUAAGCACCAGAGACAUUAGGAAACAGAAAAAUCUGAAGAUGAUGUAUAACCUUUAAAAGGCCCUAUUUAGAAAAAUCUGACACAAGAUUGGGGUUCCAAUCUCAAUGAUUAUGUAUUUGUCUUGGUAAGAACAUUUUGAAUGGCAAGUGAUAGAAGCUUAUGCUUGCUUAAGCAAUUGGGCUGUACAUUAUUUCAUUUAAUGCCAAAACCCAGUGGUAAAACUAUCUUCAGAUGGUUAAUCCUAAUGUUAAGAUGAGAAUCUUUUUCUCUAUAUCUCUUUGUGUAGCUUUCCAUCUUGUUGUUUUCACUUCCCAUAUAUGAUGAUAAAGUGGCCACCCAGUAGCUUGAGACAUUUAUUGUACCAUAUUAGAAAAUAAUAAACUAGUAACUAGUAAAAACAAUAGAACAUUUUCCCCAAGAGUUUCAAUAGAAUUCUGACACUCACACCCCUUGCCCACAUUGGUUUACUACUUCACCAUUGAGCCCCUUACUAUGGAUAAAAAUCUGUUCUACCAAUGUGUGAGAUUGAGUCAUGAAUCCACCUUUAGAAGAUGUUUAGUCUGAGAAAUGAGGUUAAAAAAAGGAGCUACACAAAAGGAAAUCAGGAUAUUAUAAUCAAAAGGAGAGUGAUUAGUUAUUGAGCAGGCAAAAAUAAAUAGGUAACCCCAUCAUACUAAAGGAAAUAAAAUACAGCAUAUAGGCAAAUGUAAUUGUUUUAAAAUUGAAAACAUUUUCCCAGAAUUGUAUAAACAUGGAUAUAUUAUUAGAAGUCACAUAUAGUGAAUGGGUACAUCUGAAAAAUGUUUGGGACUUAGGUGUAAAGGAAAGUUACAAGUAUCUUAUUUGGUAUGUUUUGGUUUUUGUUUAGCUUUUCAGGGUUUUGGUGAUAGAAUUAGGUUAGAAGAGUUAAAAAGCACUUUAAAAAAUUAGUAAAAAUAAGUGUUAUUAUAAAAAUUUGCCAUUCUUCAGGAUAACUAGUUUCUUUUCUCUGCUCACAUUUGGACCCAUGUAAGUUAUUAGGAAAUUUGCAUCUUAAGAACACAUGGCUUGUAACCAAAGAAAGGACUAUAUAUAGAAGUAUUUCAGGUAAUAUUUCUAAGAUAUGAAAUUGGUUUUGUUAGAAUAAUUGUUUAUAGGGAUGUUUACUAUACUGUAAUUUAAAUAAACAUUCCUGCACUUCUCUGGACUAGAGGUUGGCAAACUACUUUUUAGGAAAGCUUAUACUGUAUGAACCAAGAGGUAAAAUUGAAGCUUUUAUAUACUUAAGCAAUGAGAGAGAAAACAAAUUUCCACAAAUAUUUUACUGAUGAAAUUUAAUAAUAUAUAUUAAUACUUGAAUACUUUUUUUGUAUUUCAGGUAAUUAAAUUAUUUUGAGGUGAUAGUAUGCCACUUAGUUGGGGUUUGAAAUUGAUGACAAAUAUUCAUCUUUUAAUGCUGAUCUAUAAUGUCAUUUUUCAUAUUUCAUCUUUGAAAUUUUUUUGCCACACAGACAGGUAUUACCAAACUGUCAUCAAUUUUUGCAUGUGUGACUUUGAGCAUAGUAAUCAUUUGAAAUGAAUUUAUAGAAUUCUGCUGCAUUCUCUUGAUAUUUGCCAUUUAGCAUAUCAUUGUAUUGUAGAUUAAUCACUUCCUAUUGAAAGUUUGGUAGAUUCUCUUUGAUUGUACUGUUAAAUGGGUUUUGCAUUAUGGAAAUUUCCUGUGCAAUUGCAUUGAGUUCCAAAAAUGUAGCUAGAAAUGAGGUUGAUAUUGGAAAAGACAUCCACAGCAAAUUUGUGUGGGAAUGUAGAUCCAUGUUCUUUUAACUUGAUAGUAUGGGAAUUGUGCUAACCAGCUUGACAUUACUCGUGAUUUAAAUAAUAUAAGUUUAUCAAAAUAACUUUUGCAGUGUAAGUCACAUUAAAGUGCCAUUUUUUUGUUGUAACAUUAGGUUAGAUUUAUUAACACUAUCAAGCCUGCAGCAAAAGUUUUAAUUUCUAAAAUUAUUCAAUGUUCGGUAAUAGUAAUUGAGGGUGACUAGUCUCAAACAAAAAUUUCAGUCCUGUUCAGAGGUCAAAAAAAUUACAAUAAAACUUACUACUGCAUUGAAAGUGGUAAAUUUGGACAAAUCAUUAUAUUUAACUUCUAUUUCUGACAAAAUUUAAUAGAUCUAGUGAUAGUUAAUUAAGAUUUACUAGUUCAAGAACAUAAUAGAUUCAAAUAUUUUCCAUAUAAUAUUUGGUGAUGCAUAAUACUAUGAAAAUCUACCAACUUUAGACAUUCUACAUUUUCAUAGGCUUUGUAAAUUUGUCUAACCUAGCUUUUCAUACUCUACACAUUUUUUUUACCACUAUCAAUUAUAGCACAUUUUAGGAGAUUCCACUUCAGGUUGUACUGAAUUAGUAUUUUCUGGAUUUCUUUGAAAAUACUUUUCUUCUGAAGUUGUUCCAUCUAGAGUAUUCUUUAAAGCUAAUUCUUGAGUCACUUCAAUUUCAGCAUUGACUUCUUAAGUUAGCAAAAACUGGGUAGUAUUGGUGACAUUUGUUAACUCAUCAAAAGUCAAGGAAAACUAUUUGAUAUCAUUUGCUAAUUUCAUUGUUGUGACACCAUGGGUUCCUAAUGUAUUCAAGAAUAUUCUUGCCAGGAAGCUAGUUAUUUUGUCAGAAAUAAGUUUAUUUUCUGUGGACACACUUUCUGGCUGCUGCAAUCAAGCAUAAUUAAUAUACUACUAGUAAACGGCUUUCUUUGCUUGGCUAACAAAUGAGUUCCUCACAAAUUUACUUGGAUUGUAUCUUCAUUCUCGUGUGUGUGUAUGUGUGUGUGUAUGUGUGUGUGUGUGUGUGUGUGUGUUGGUUAUGGUAGAGUGUGAAUAAAUUCUGUGAUGAGAUAUGAUAUUUUGGUUUUCUUAUUCAAACUGUUGGUUUCCUGUGAAUUGGGAAUACUGUAAUGAGCACUUAAUCUGGUAAUUUUGAAAUAUAUUCUUUUAGCACAGCUGAAGUAUCAUUGCAUAAUAAACAUAAUGCUUUGACAUAUAAUUGUAUAACAAAACAAUCCACACUCCACUGUGCCUUAAAAUUGCAACACUCAACAAUCACUUUCCUUUACUUUUUUCUGACCUUAUAAAUAUGCAGCAGUAAUAAAAAGUAAUAAGAUGUAUGUAUGACAAUAUGUGUGGCACUUGAAAUACUGUUGAAUUAUAGUCACUACUGAGAUUUAUAGUGUGUUGAAGAGCAGUGCAAAGCAAUGAAAGUGCUACAUAUGGUCUCUGUCACAAUUGUUCAACUCUGCUUUUGUACCAUGAAAGCAGCCAUAGACAAUAUGUAAACAAAUGAGCAUGGCUGUGUUCCAAUAAAAUUUUAAUUAUGGACACUGAAA